AGAAUGCUUAUCUGAAAGAUCUUCCAAAACGAAGCCAAGAAAUGUUAAUUUAAUUGAGGUUUUUACUGAUGAUGAAGAGGAAGAGGAAACAUCUGAAAGAGAGAUGACUAGAACUUCUGAGUUGAAUAAAGAAAUGAAUCUUAGAACUCGUGUUAUUAAUCCAAUUGAAAUAGAAGUAGAAUCCACUCCUAAACAAAAACCAGCUAAAAGAGCACGAAAUCCUUCUAGAAUUGAUAAUCUUGCAUCAUAUAAUAUAGCUGAUGAUAUUCUAUCAAAACAAUUUUUUGUGACUCUAGGACAAUGGUUACAAAUACCAGCCCAAAGAAGAAAUUUAGCAAAUGCUUUAAGACGUUAUCUUAUAUCAACACCUAGU